AUGUCGGCAUCCACAGCUCUCGUACAGCACUUGAAAAGCGUCAUUCCCCAGGAUAAUCGCUCGUCACUGCGCGAGGAUGUGAUCCCGGCAGUCCUCGACGCCAUCACCGGCAUCGCCAAGACGCUGCAUGCUUCUCAACACGUCUCCCUGGCCGGAACCGCCAACGCCUUCGGGGACGACCAACUAAACGUCGACGUCCUGUCCGAGAAUGUCAUGCGGGAGGCCAUUGCGAGAUGCCCGUCGGUUCUCACAGCCAGCAGCGAGGAGGACCCCGUAGAAAAGCCGGCGAGACCAGAGGGCGAGACGGCGGGCACCCCUGCCACCUCGGAGGAGUACACCGUCGCCUUCGACCCCCUGGACGGCAGCUCCAUCAUCGCGCCGAACUGGACUGUCGGCACCAUCGUCGGCAUCUGGGACGGGAGGACGGCCGUGGGUCAGUCGCCGGCGGAGAAGCAGGUCGCCGCCAUCAUGGGCGUGAUCGGACCCCGGACUACAGCCUUCGUGGCGCUGCGGAUCCCCGGCGCCGACUCGGCCUGUUUCGAGAUCGGGUUCGGCCCGAACGGGGUCGCGGACUGCGAAAUCAUCCGCGCCUCCGUCAAGUUUGCCGACGCGCCUUUCAGGACGCGGUACUUUGCGCCCGCGAACCUCCGCCACGCGGCGGAUGACGAAAAGUACAAUGCGCUCAUCACGCGCUUCAUUCGGGAGAGGUACACCCUGCGAUACUGCGGCGGCCUCGUUCCUGAUAUUGUACAUGCGCUAGUCAAGGGGCACGGCGUCUACGUUUCGCCUGUCUCGCCCGGCACUCUUCCCAAGCUGAGGUUCCUGUACGAGCUUUACCCGAUCGCUCUGAUCGUGGAAUGCUCGGGAGGCAAGGCCAUCGACCCCGCGGACGGCAGACCCCUCCUCGACAAGGUAUCAGUGGACUGUGACGGAAGAGCAGGUUUGAUCUGCGGAACGGCGGAGGAAGUGGACAUUGUGAAGAAGGCUCUGUUAGGUUGA